GUACAUGCGUUGCUUCAGUCGUGCAGAUGUGAAUGACAAUUGAACGAUUACAUUUCUCCGUCUGUGUAGAAAUUCAGGGAGUAAGUUUUAUCUUAAGUAUAUUUCAUGAACAUGGCGACUCGUUGGGGCAUUUGCAGCGCUGGUAAAAUCAGUCAUGACUUUACAGUGGCGCUGAAAACUUUGUCAUUAGAGGAACAUCAGGUGGUUGCAGUGGCAGCCCGUGAUAUAAAGAGCGCUCAGAAGUUUGCCGAGCAGCAUCGCAUCCUCAAAGCUUAUGGAAGUUACGAGGAGCUUGCCAGAGACCCGGAUAUAGAUGCAGUGUAUGUUGGGAAUAUCCAUCCUCACCACCUGAGAGUCGGGCAGCUCUUCAUGAACUCUGGAAAGAGUGUGCUUAUAGAGAAACCGCUGGCCAUGAACGCAGGUGAAGUUAACAAGCUUGUUGCUUCUGCCAACAAAAACAAGGUCUUCUUAAUGGAGGCGCUGUGGACACGCUUCUUCCCCGUGUCUGUGGAAAUUCGGAAGCUGCUGGCUCGGGGUGAGGUGGGUGAGGUUAAGAUGGUGAGAGCAGAUCUCGGCGCACCUCUCACAAAUAUUCCUAGGCUGAUAGAGAAAGAUCUUGGUGGAGGAGCCCUGCUGGAUAUUGGGGUGUACUGUUUGCAGUUUGUGUUGAUGGUGUACAAUGGAGAAAGACCAGAAUCUAUUCAAGCCACUGGAUAUACUCUUGACACAGGUGUCGAUGGACACAUGAUUAUUGUGCUGAAGUUCUCACAGAACAGAAUGGCCGUGUGCACAUGCUCUAUAUCUAUGAAUCUCACCAAUGAUGCUGUCAUUAUCGGCACAAAUGGCAUGAUGAAGGUACCAGAUCACAUGUGGUGUCCUACAAAUUUAGAAGUGAACGGUAAGGUGAGUCAGCACCCGUUACCAGAGCCCAGUAUUCCUCUCAACUUCACCAACAGCACAGGAUUGUGCUAUGAAGCCCAGGAGGUGCGCCAGUGUUUACUGAAUGGACUGAAAGAAAGUGCUGUGAUGUCACUGGCAGACUCCAUUCUUCUGGCAGAGAUAAUGGAUGAGGCCAGAAGACAAGUUGGUGUGACUUACAGUCAAGAUGAAAAGCACUGACUAUGAGAAACACAGGGACAACAUCUAAACAAUAAAGAUUUGAAGAUAAAUUUGUUUGUGGCCUAUUAGUAGAAGAGAAACAGAAAACACAUUUUGAUAUCCACUGAAAGAAUUAAGAAUCAUGAAAUCAUAAUCCGUUUUUUUUUUUUUAUUUAAAAAAAUAUAUAUAUAUAAACUUUUACCAGGAUACAUCCUCUCUUCGAUUUUGUGUGUAUAGUUUGUAUUUAGAGCAGUGGUUCUUAACCAUUUUUUUAUGAACGCCCCCCUACUUCAUUCCCUUGAAGAUAAGACAUUAGGGUGAUUCUAACUUCUGACGCUUUGCCAUUCUGACAGUAGAAAAUCUAUUUGUGUUUUUUCUUUUUACUAAUAGUAAAUUAUGGGAUCAAAAUCCAAUCAAAUGUAUUGUUCACGGAUCCAAAAAUAAUAAGCAUGAAUAAAAAAAUUAUAAGUACAGAUAAAAAAAUAAAUAUAUAUGCAUGAAUCAAAAAUAUAUAUAAACAUUUAAAAUAUGCUGCAAAAAAUAACUGAAAAUGUAUCUGAAAAUCAAGUUAAAUCAUCAGAAUUGCAAACAAAAUCAUGUUUUUCUUGUUUCAUGUUUCUAUUUUUGUGCUCUGACAAUGUUGCUCAUAGUUUCAUUUUUAGUACGCUUACGCAGUAUUCUUUGCUUUUGUUUCAGAGUUCGGCGCUUGGUUUUCCAAAACUUGUGAGUAGAGUUUCAAGUAAUUCUGGGGGUGUUUUGUGUCCCUAUUGGUACACUAGCUCUUGAUUGACAGCUCCUCUAGCCAAUCAUUUGAAGAGGGAAUGUGACAUCACUCCUAUGCGGCCCACGGCUGCUGCUCAAUAUUAUAUUAUUUCUCGUUGAUAGAUACGCUGCUUGUGUCUACAUUUACAUUUAUGCAUUUGGCAGAUGCUUUUAUCCAAAGUGACUUACAAUGCACUUAUUACAGGGACAAUCCCCCCGGAGCAACCUGGAGUUAAGUGCCUUGCUCAACGACACAAUGGUGGUGGCUGUGGGGAUCGAACCAGCGACCUUCUAAUUAACAGUUAUGUGCAUUAGCGCACCAUGUCACCACCACUCCACUGUUUUGAGUAUUUUCUGCCAGCUUUUAGAAAACAAUGUGUUGGCCGAGUAGGUCAUUAUCAUAGUCCGUUUACACGUAUCGAGUCCGCUGAAUUUAGUUAGGAAAGUUUUAGUUUAGGCAUUAUUUAAGACUUUCUAAUUUGUAGGUUAUCUAAAAUACAAAUAAGGCUGAGUUUAUGUGUGGACGUUUGAUGCAUGUUUUUAAUAGCUGUACCAAUGUAGCCAUGAGUUCAGAACCCAACUUGAUCCGCUUCAUAUGAAGAAACACUAUAUCAUAUUACUUACGUUUAAGAAAAUAAAUAACAUAUCUUUUUAUGGGGUGCCCCGACCCAUUCACAUUCCACAUGGAGAGAGACAAUCUGCUCAUAUUAACCUAUUGGCAUUUUGACAUAUUAGAAAAAAUAUAUAGUGUGUCAAAAAUGUAAUUUUAAUGACCACAGUCCAACAUUGGUACAACAAUCAAACCUUGAACAUCACCCAGAACAAAAAGAAAAAAGAAAAACCUGCGCAUUAACCGCAUAAUAUUUUGCGGCCAUCCUUAGUAUCUCAUCUCAAUUUGGCCGGGAACAUCAGUGCAGAAUCAGGGCAUAUCGAAUCUCACCGGUUUAUGACACAAAAAUUAUUCAAACUAGCAAAGUGUGGAGAGCGCGCAGUUCACAUGUCCGAAACCUCGCAUGGUGCCACGCAACUCUAAAUGACUACUAUUUUUGAUCCCCACACUUUACAGCCCUUUGAAGCUCUCACAAUGGAGGGUAAAGUCUUUGAAGUAAAUAGGGUGUAGAGAUGGUCACUUCAAAAUGGAAUGUACCCCACCAUGUAGAUGAGUUGAAAAGAUAUAGCAGUGUGAGCCAGAACUGCCUAAACUCUUUGUUGAAUUUCACCAAACCCUUGCAUAGAUAUUGUAGGAGCCUACUGUAUUUAUUAAAUUCAUCAAUAUUUCAGUGAACGUGUUUCGAUUGAUCUGUUACUUUUCCACAUCCGUGCUGUGUGUUUGAAUUAGUCUGACUGUAAAUAACAGAACAUGUUUUAAAAGAGACUUAAAUCAAUGAAAAUAGAUUGCAUUGAUGUCAACUUUCAAAUAUAAUUGUACUGGGGGGCCCUAAAAGAAAAUUGGCCCUGGGGCCCUUGCUAGUUAUAAUCCGCCCCAGUGUGCGCUUUCUGUGUCCUAUUUGGAAAAAAUAACAUAGCGCUCAGUGCAAUAUUGUGCUCAAAGAAAAGUGUGAUGCAGCCACUCUGUGUCCAUUCAUGAGGCUGUGUGUGCUGUUUAAUGCCAAGUCUGUGAACCUUUUCAGUGAUGAACUUUAGUAAAAUCCUUAUAGAUCUUCACAUCAUUCGAACACGGAGGGGACACAUGAUAGAAAAGAAGCAGCAAAACGUCAAGCAGUUCUUUUCAGUGACAGAUGAUGAAAAAAAAACAAAGCAAUAAAUGUUUUGUACUUUUAAAAAAAUUUUGUUUUUGUAGCAUUUAAACAUGUUUUAAUGAAGAAAAAUAAGUGUAAUUACGAUACAUCUCCACUUUAUACAGAGCACCCCCACUAUUUUCAGAAGCACCCUCAGUGACUUUGAUCUGGAACUGGGCCUGGGCCAAUUAUUGACCCAAUUAAAACCAUUAUAAGCAUGAAAACGCAGAUAUGAUAAACGGAUGGUUGAUUUAUAUUUAAUUAGUAACACACUUUGUAAAAACUCAAUUCAAAUGCACAAUCUAGAAAUAAUAAUAGCCACAAUAUGUAAAAGAAUUGGCACUCCCAAGAACAUAUAACAUUAGUCUCAUGCUCACGUUAAUGCAGAGAAAAAAGCCAUAAACAGACGUGACAGUUGUGAAAGCAGCACCUAGCUACAGGCUACAUGAUGACGGAAAACAUUCAAAACACUUUGAAACCAGCAGAAUUUGACUUCCGAGAUGUUGGUAUGAUAUCCGUUAUUGCUGCACGAUUGAUUGAAUUAAGACUGAAAUAGCAAUAUAGCUUUGUGCGAUUACUAAACCUUAAAAAGCUGCAUUUUAAACUGAAAAAAAAACAGAAGUGCAAAAAUAACCCUUUUUCAAUUAUCAUGUUAUCAUAUUAAGCAAUAUCUA